AUGGAGGACCCGGCAGUUGAGAAGGGUACCUCAUCGUGCUGCUGCGACCCCCCCGAAAGCGAUUCUUCCGCCCAGGUUGGACAUUUGGGGGAGGGGCCGGAGCCUGCAGCCCUGCCCACUGGGCCCGCCUCCAUUCCGGAGUGCCCCAUCUGCUUCUCGGCCUACGACGGGGCGUUCCACGCCCCCCUCCAGCUCCCCCGCUGCGCCCACACGUUCUGCCUGGUGUGCGUGUCCCGGAUGAGCCUGUUCCCCUCCCCCCCACAGGGCUUCCAGUGCCCCCUCUGCCGCACCCCCGUCCCCCUGCCCCCUGGCGGUGCCCCCUGCCUGCCCCCCAACAUGGAGCUGCUGUCCCGGCUCCCCCAGGCCCACUGCGGGGCCCCCAAACGGGUGUGGCUGGAGGGGCCGGUCCUCUGCUAUUGGACGGGGCCGGAGGAGGGCGGGGCUACAGCAGACGGGGUCGCCAGGCUGCCGCUGACCGGGGUCCCCGCGGCUGGGGUCGUGGCAGGGGCGGGGGUCACGCCAGGAGUGCGAGUGGGAGCGGGGGCGGGGGCGGGGGCGGGAGGGGAGGGCCAGCCGGUCGCCAUGGUGACGGUUCUCUCCCGACGCAGGCUCGGUGGCUGCAGGAACGUCAGGGGCCUGGCCGUGAUCAGCUUCCUCCUCUUCGUCAUCAUCUUCGUCGCCAUCUUCCUCCCUGUCUACUUCCAUAGCAGAGGUGGGGAGAACCAACCCCCCCAUUCUAACGCUCUGAACAGACUCCACUGACAGGACUCCACUGGCAGACCGUUUGUGUGGAAUUAUAAAUAAGCCCGGCACAAUGUGAGCCAGGGAAGCUGCAGCUCCCAUUCCUGGAUUAUUGGAUUACUUUUAAUAAUACCUAGCGUGUGUGAGUAUGCGCCUGUGCGCAUUUGUGUCUAUUAGAAGUUCUAGUAUUAAGAAUGCUUCCAUGUAAUUUCCUUCACAUUAAACUCUGUUAUUUUUAUGA